UCUACUCUUAUAAACUCCUUCCCGCAGCAGUCAUCUGUAACGGCCGUCAUCGUGCCCGGCCAGCCAGCUCUGACCGUGUCCUUCACCCAAUUAAGCAACGACAUUCGCAAAUGCCAGCGCAAGCUCGCCGCUCUUGGCAUCACCCACGAGUCUGCCGUGUCCAUUGUCCUCCUAAACAGCUGUAAGUUUAUUGUCUCCUUCCUCGCCGCAUCGUGGCAGCGCGGCAUCGCCGCGCCGCUAAACCCAAAUUACAAACAAUCCGAAGUCGAAUUCUACAUCGAUGACCUCUUGUCGUCUCUCGCCCUAGUCCCGAAAGGCGCCUUCGCCGCCAACGCGCCCUCCGUCCGCGCUACCCGCAAGUACAGGGGAUCGAAGAGCCGUACUAAGCCACGGAUGACUGAGGCCCGAAAAUAG